ACCAAGUAGCUCCAAAGUCAUGUCAGGAAAAACGCUACCAAGUUCUUUCCUUAAAAAUGUGAUGCAAAAUGGAGUCGGUAGACAUGUUUGUCAGUUGCAGCGUGUAACUCUAAGUCUUUGUAAAUCAAGCACUGGAAGUGCAACUGCGAGGCGUUUUGUUGAAGAGGAUUUGCUUGACUUCACUCGGGGAAACCCAGGAGUUGUGUUCUAUAUCAAACCCAGACGGCACAAGAAACCAUUGUUAACUGCAGAAUACUUAAAUGGGUACAAAGAACAAAUUGAAGUGUCACGAUGUAGUAAGGACGAGAUUGCCCAGUGGGUGGGUCUGAUGAAGGGGCGCUCAGGGACCCAGAUCAUGAAGCUGCGCAAGGAGUGGCACACAGACACACCCUCAAUACAGGGCACCUGGCACCCCUUUAUGUUCAAGGAAACUGCCCGCAAUGUGACAGACAUGAAGGAUAAAGGUCUCUCGGAUUGUGUGCCUCUUUAUAAGUCGGCUACUGAGCGUAUUUUGGAAAUGUAUAAAGAUCAACAACAUCAGCAAGUAGGGACAGCUGGUGAACAAAGUACUUUACAUGGUGCAGUAGACGGAGAUAGUGUCCAGAUUAAUAGAAAUGUGACUGACACUGAUCACUCUUCAGAUUCAGAUUGUGUUCAAUCCAACAGCCAGCAAGCAACUGCAUAGUGUUCAGAAUUCAUCUCAUUAUUAUUUAAACAAUUUGAAACAUGAUCAUUAAUUAUGCUCAAUAAUGGGCAUUUAUCUUUUACACGAAAAAUUACUUAUAAAGCAUUAUCAGAGUUAUUAAUGAAAUACUUGAACAACUACUUAUGAUGGAAAUACACCAACCAUAGCUUCAUACUAAACUAUUUCUUAUUUGAUGUUCAUUAUUCUGUACAUUCUUAUGCAUUUUAUUACUUGCAUAUACAUUUUUGAUAGCCUGUU